AAUCCUCGCUCCGAUUCUUUUUGAAGACAUAACCACCCAGGAACGGCCUAACGCAGCGAAGUACAUUCCCUCGCUCAGGCUUUUCGGAACAUUACAUUAUCAAGGAGGUUUGUGUAAUCGUGACUCCUUAGUCAAUGCACUUGAUUACUGUAUUUCAAAACCACGGGCAACCAUUGGGGCAGUGUAGCCUCUCACGUGGGUGUGUCCGAGCGAUCUUCAUCAUGGCGACACGCAAUUCCUGUGCGUGUCCUCCAUGGUCGCAACCAAACAGGUUCGCGUUCACACCGUGCACUGUUCAUUGACACGCGCAGCGAGCACCAUUCACAUCACUAAUUUGCGUCUAUAUAUACCAUACGGUGAUCCUUUAUUCCUCAAGACUUUCUCAUUUUGUUGCUCGUUUUAACUGUUCUCUCCCUUUCUGUCUCCCUUCGCAACAUUACAACUAUCCUUCCACAACUUUUUUACCGUACACCAUAUAAAAUGUCUAUUGUACUUACUCCUUACUGGUCGCCGGAUGAGGGUAUCCAGAAACUCAAGGCGGAAGCACGGGCCAAAAUCCCAGCUGCGCCAGGCCUCACGCCACCAGUUUUUAGCUCGAAAGCUCAGUUGGAUCGUACCCUUCUCCAAUUGCGCUCCAAGACGUCCCCUAUGGAGAAAUACAGCUUCCUCGCGCAACUCAAGCAAGCAGAUAUCGAGGCCUUUUACAAGCUAUGCCUCGAGUACAUGCCGAUCACGCCUAUAAUCUACACACCAACUGUCGGUGAUGCAUGCCUACAGUACUCACACAUUUACAGAAACUCAGAGGGUUUGUUCAUCUCUCUCAGGGAUAAAGGCAGAAUUGGGAGCAUUCUGCGCAACUGGCCCCUUGCGAACGAGACUCGGAUCAGCGUUGUCACGGACGGUUCACGUAUACUUGGGCUUGGCGACCUUGGUGUAAAUGGGAUGCCCAUUGCUAUUGGCAAACUCUCUCUUUACGUCGCCGGUGCUGGUAUCCGCCCGUCGUCCGUCCUCCCAAUCACGCUCGACCUUGGAACAAAUAACUCUGGUAAUCUUUCCGACCCCUUGUAUCUCGGGCUGCGCCAGCGCCGGCCGUCUGACGCGGAAUACGAUGCUUUUAUGGAUGAGUUCAUCACCGAGAUGAAACGCGUCUACCCCAAAGUUUUGGUGCAAUUCGAGGAUUUCUCCACCGACCACGCAUUCUCCUACCUUGCGCGUUUCCGUAAUAGUCUCCCGCUGUUCAACGACGAUAUCCAAGGUACCGGUGCUGUUGUCCUUGCAGGGCUGCUUUCCGCUGCGCGACUGGUUCCCAUCCCGCGCAACGAACAUAGAAUCUUGCUAUUUGGCGCGGGAAGCGCUAGUGUAGGCGUUGCUAAGCAGCUUAUGAGCUUUUUCACAAUUGCUGGGAUGAGCGAGGAAGCAGCCAAGAAUCAGAUCUGGCUUGUAGAUUCGAAGGGACUCGUGUACGUCGGCAGGGAAGGAGUUGCUGACUACAAAAUGUAUUUCGCAAGGAAGCAUUACACAGGUGUUCCAAUGAAGGACCUUACAGAAAUCGUCAAGUAUGUGAAGCCAACUGCGCUUCUUGGUCUCUCGACGGUCACGGGUUCUUUUACCCCGGAAGUCAUCCGUCAAAUGUCGCAGAACACGCCUCGCCCCAUCAUUUUCCCUCUCUCCAACCCCGUCCAUCUCUCAGAGUGCACCUUCGCUGAGGCUCUCACACACAGCAACGGCACCGCAAUCUUUGCAAGUGGCUCGCCAUUUGGAAGCGAGGUCAUUGGUGGCGCCAGGAGGGAACCAGGCCAGGGUAAUAAUAUGUAUAUCUUCCCCGGUCUUGGAUUGGGUGCGAUACUGUGCCGCGCUAAGAGCGUGACGGAUAGUAUGGUAGAGGCGUCUGCGCUUGGAUUAGCGCACUCUCUUUCGUGGGAUGAACGGGCACUAGAGCUCGUGUACCCCCGUAUCGAGCGCAUUAGGGAGAUCAGUGCACACAUUGCUGUCAAGGUGAUACGGGCAGCGCAGAAAGCGGGUGUGGACAACUCGACGGAUCUGAAAAGAAUGAAUGAUACGCGCUUAUUAGAGUUUGUCAAGCGCAAGAUGUGGAGCCCGUAGUCGUUCAAAGGACACACUUUAAGCUGUAGUACACUUGGAAGUUGGUGUUAUCAAUGCGCAAUCUCGAACAUCAUCG